AUGCCUAGUCUAGUGGUAUCUGGAAUCAUGGAGAGGAACGGGGGCUUCGGGGAGCUGGGGUGCUUCGGGGGCAGCGCCAAGGACCGCGGGCUGCUGGAAGACGAGCGCGCCCUGCAGCUGGCUCUCGACCAACUCUGCCUGCUGGGUUUGGGGGAGCCCCCCGCCCCCACGGCGGGCGAGGACGGGGGCGGCGGGGGGGGCGGCGCCCCCCAGCCGCCCGCCGCCCCCCAGCAGCCGGCCCCGCCGCCGCCGCCGCCCCCCGCCGCGGGGCCCCCCGCCGUGCCCCCCAGCGUGCCGCCGGCCGCCCCCAGCGCGGCGCAGACCCCCCAGCCGCCCGCCGCCCCCAAAGGGCCCGGCGACGCCAAGCUCUGCGCGCUCUACAAGGAGGCCGAGCUGCGCCUCAAAGGCAGCAGCAACACCACCGAGUGCGUCCCGGUGCCCACCUCGGAGCACGUGGCGGAGAUCGUGGGCAGGCAAGGCUGUAAGAUUAAGGCUCUGCGGGCCAAGACGAACACCUACAUCAAGACUCCGGUUCGUGGAGAAGAGCCAGUGUUCAUGGUGACCGGGCGGCGGGAAGACGUGGCCACGGCCCGCCGCGAGAUCAUCUCGGCCGCGGAGCACUUCUCCAUGAUCCGCGCCUCGAGAAACAAGUCAGGCACCGCCUUCAGCGUGGCACCCGCGCUGCCCGGCCAGGUGACCAUCCGUGUGCGGGUGCCCUACCGCGUGGUGGGGCUGGUCGUGGGCCCCAAGGGGGCCACCAUCAAGCGGAUCCAGCAGCAGACCAACACCUACAUCAUCACCCCCAGCCGCGACCGGGACCCCGUGUUCGAGAUCACGGGGGCACCGGGCAACGUGGAACGGGCGCGCGAGGAGAUCGAGACGCACAUAGCCGUGCGCACUGGCAAGAUCCUCGAGUACAACAACGAGAAUGACUUUCUGGCCGGCAGCCCCGACACCGGCUGCGCCCUGGACAGCCGCUAUUCUGAGGCCUGGCGUGUGCAUCCCCCGGGUUGCAAGCCCCUGUCCACUUUCCGCCAGAACAGCCUGGGCUGCAUCGGAGAGUGUGGUGUGGACGCAGGUUUUGAGGCCCCACGCCUGGGCGAGCAGGGCAGCGACUUCGGCUACGGUGGUGGGUACCUGUUUCCCAGUGGCUACGGGGUGGGCAAGCAGGACAUGUACUACGGAGUGGCUGAGACCAGCCCCCCGCUAUGGGCAGGCCAGGACAAUGCCACCACACCCAGCUCCGUGCUCUUCUCCUCCGCCUCCUCGUCCUCAUCCUCAUCGGCCAAGGCCCGAGCCGGGCCUCCAGGUGCCCACCGCUCACCCGCUUCCACCGGGCCCGAGCUGGCCGGCCUCCCACGACGCCCACCCGGAGAGCCUCUGCAAGGCUUCUCCAAACUCGGGGGUGCAGGCCUUCGCAGCCCCGGCGGCGGGCGGGAUUGCAUGGUGUGCUUCGAGAGCGAGGUGACUGCAGCCCUGGUGCCCUGCGGGCACAACCUCUUCUGUAUGGAGUGUGCGGUGCGCAUCUGCGAGAGGACGGACCCCGAGUGUCCCGUCUGCCACAUCACUGCCACACAAGCCAUCCGAAUAUUCUCCUAA